AUGGCAAAGAAGAAACUGAAACUGAGGAACCAAGAUCCCUAUGUUAUACUGGACAAUGGGUUGGUAAAGCUUACAAUUUUGAGGCCUCAAGGGUACUUAACUGGCAUCAGUUAUGGAGGAAUGGACAACCUUUUAGAUAUCAAGUCAAAUGAAUCUAGCAGAGGAUACUGGGAUAUCAACUGGAAUUUGCCAGGAGGUCAAGACAUAUACACUUUACUGAAAGGAGCUGAAUAUAGCGUUGUCCAUGAGAGCAAUGACAGCUUAGAGAUUUCAUUCAAGAACACCUAUAAUCCAUCAUCAACUCAAGGUGUCAAAUUGCCGCUAAGUGUAGAUAUAAGGUACAUAUUAAGGACUCGUGUUUCAGGCUUCUACAGUUACGCAAUAUAUGAUCGCCCUUCUGGAUGUCCUGCUUUUGAUCUUGCUCAGACAAGGAUGGUGUUCCACUACAUGGCAAUAACAGAUGAAAAACAAAGGAUAAUGCCAAUGCCUGAGGAUCUGCUUCCAGGCAGAGGCAAACAACUAAUUGUACCUGAAUCAGUUUUGCUAGUUAAUCCCAUCAAUCCCGAUCUCAAAGGCGAGGUUGACGAUAAGUAUCAGUAUUCAAUGGACAACAAAGAUGGUGGAGUCCAUGGAUGGAUAAGUUCUGGCCCCAUUAUAGGAUUUUGGGUCAUCUUUCCCAGCCAGGAGUUUCGCAAUGGAGGCCCUACCAAGCAAAAUCUAACAGUCCACACUGGUCCAACCUGCCUUGCUAUGCUUCAUGGAACCCAUUAUAUUGGGGAAGAUAUAUUAGCUCAUUUUGAAGAGGGAGAGACUUGGACUAAAGUGUUUGGCCCCUUCUUUGUAUACCUUAACUCAACACCAGAUGUAUCAAAGGCACACAAUUUAUGGAUAGAUGCGAAAAAACAGAGGUUGUUUGAAGAGACAGCGUGGCCUUAUGAUUUUGUCUCAUCACCCUACUAUGUUGCUGCUAAAGAGCGUGGUUCGGUUUCAGGAAGAUUAUUCGUCCAGGACAGGAUGCAUAGGACCUAA